AUGUAUUACAUGAAUCUGUUUGACAGUGAUGAAACAGGUGAGGAGCCUCACCCCAGAUUUGACAAAUUCCUGAGUCUGAAGAAGAGGCUGGAGUUUCCAGUGAGAGAUUCUCAUGACAUCUCCUUAAACAAGUCUGCAGAAUACCCUGCUAAAGAGGAUCACACAGGAGAGUCUGUGCUGGCCAGGUAUGUGGAGAGGUUCAGAACAGGUGCUCCGAUGAGUCGCCAGGAGAGGCUGAAGCAGGCAGGUAGUCGGGGGAGAGACUUUUGGUGGUUAUCAGGCAGACACUCUGUCGGUCCCUACAAAAUCUCAUCAAAAACCAGAACGACUGACAGCAUCUUCAAGGUUAGGAACAUAAUAGAGAAGAUCCUUCUGAUGUCCCCACAUAUCAGGGGUAGGAAGUUGGCAACACACCUAUCAUCUCGCCUUCCUGGUGAUGAGGAAACAAGGCGGUUACAAGAGAGAGCUGAUCGGCUGCUGGAACAAAGUUACGAAAGCUCGGAGGUGUCCACUGACCCAGUGGUGAGUACAGAGGGUUUGGGCAGCUCCCCAAGUGCCAUGAGCGUGGCUACAGACAGGAGUCAGGGGAGUGAGGAGAGGGUGUACCGACCCAGCUUCACUAGAAUGGCCAGAGAGAGCACCAGAGCUACUCUGCCACCAGCCCUGCUUGGUAACCCACAAAGGCCUGAAGAUGAUAUUCUGUAUCAGUGGAGGUUGAAGAGGAAGAUGGAGUUAGCUAAGGUUUCGGCUUACAUGGCACCCUCUCCCAAACCAGCCUCCAAGCUGUUGGAUAUAGAUUCCAAAUUGUCCGAGUUUCGACAGAUGUUGUCAGAAUAUCCUCAGCCUUCAGUAUCGUCUGUCACGCGGACCCCUGGACCCUCAGCGGUUCACUUCACUCCUGCUCCAGGCCCUCCCAGGUGCUCCAGCCCUGAAGCACAUAGUACAGGCGUACUGCAUCACCUUGAAUCAGCGGUAAGUCUAAGUGAAACAAGGGAGGUGACUGAACCUGCCCGUGAGCCUAUAAUAGCCAGUCCUACUCUGCACAGAAAAGGGAAAGUGAAAGUAAAGCCAGGAGCUCCAGAGCCUCACCUGCACCUGAUGUGUGACCUGUUACCAUGUCCACACCAGGAGUUGACAGUGCAGCUCGGGGAGGGCCCAGACAUCAUGUACACCCAGUACCUACAGGCUGAGAGGCCUGACAGUGAUCAGAAGAAGAUCAGUGAUAGGUUCCGAUCACAGGGGGAUGAACAGUCUCAGGGGACAAAACAAUUACACUCAUAUGAUGACAAGCGUAUGUACCGAACUCAAAAACAGUGUGAUAGACAGUCUGUGGAGAGUGAACACUCGGGUGGGGACAAGAAAAGCAAACAGGCUUCUGGUCCAGAUAGAUUAAGUGAUGAAAGGACAUUGGAGUGUGAUGUAAACGAUGACAGAGACGGAAGUGCCAGGAAUAAACUGUCACACUGUAAUAAAACAGCUAGGAAACAAAUGACAUGUAAUGAUGAGAAAAGUGAUUCAAAGGAUGUAAGAAGGGAGGCAACUCCACCACAGCAAAGACAUGCAGGAAGCGCCUGUGUUUCUUCACAGCAUCCUGUGGAUUCUGCCAUAGGACAGGUUGUGUCAGGUUAUCUGUUUGACCCCUGUCAGAGUGGUGUGGGGUCCAGUGUGGAAAGUCUGUCAGAGUUAACAGGAGUGAAGGGGACAGCAGAAAAGACUUCAAUAAAACAAAUGGAUGACUCUGUGGGUAGUUCGUCUGAUGGAGAAGACUUCCCUGAAGAUGCCAUUUUACAACAGUUGAGACAACAACGAUCUCUGUAUGAAAAACAGCUCAGAGAGAUUGAUGAGCUGCUGUCAGAGGUUGACAUGACAUCACAAGAGUUUGGCUGAACAUGGAGGUUUUUUCUCAAGAUUUUGUAAAAGUAGUUGCAUAUAAUUUAUCCAUUAUAGUCAUUGUGUUGUAUCACAGAGCAAAAUAAACUACUGUUCAC